GACCGCAUGAACACCACCAUGCAGGCUCAACUGCGACUCCAAGACCAGAAAGGAUCCUCCUCCAGUUUCUCACGUCAAUCACUGACACAGAGGAGUGGACGGUUCAACGCCAUUCAGAGGGAGAACAAACCCACUGCUGCUUUUUUGUGUUUUGAGUGUUUCUCCAGGCCAGCGGAGCGGAAUUCGUCCCAGCGGUCUCCUUGGCAGACUGUAAACAGGUUUGUUCAUGGGUCCCUAGUGUUUACUCUGACGUCAUCCACAUGCGCCGCUCACAUGUUUGCAACCUGGAAGCGACAGCUUCUUCAACUGAGACGAUACAGAGGAGAGCAGCAGACUGAAAUGGCACAUUUUCGCUCAGAUGUGUGUGAAAUGCAGCUGAAUGGAGUUUCAGAGGUGAUGGAUCUGCUUCAGAUAGAUGUGGAGACUGAUGUGGUGGAAGACAGACCAGGGAGAGAAGAUGCACCGUGUUCAAGGAACGUGUUGAGGAAGCAGCGAAACUGGGAGAGGCAGCUGGCGGCAAAGAAAAGCAAGAGGAAAGAAGAGAAGCAGAGGAGGAAGCUCAACCGUGAGCAGGAGUCAGGUGCUAGAGCAGAUAAUCCUCAGUUUACCAAACGGGUCAUAAAAGCGAUUACCAAAGAGCGUUUGGCUGAGGCUCAGUCCACAGGGCUCAAACUCUGCGUUGACCUGAGUAUGACAGACAGCAUGUCGGACAAGGAGAUAAGUCGACUGGCUGGACAGUUAAGGAGGCUGUACGGGUCGAACAAGAAGGCGACUCGACCGUUUCACCUUUUCCUGACAGACCUGAGGGAGAACAGUCGUCUCUACAGAGAGUGUAUUCGAAUGAACGACGGCUUCCUCAACUACAUGAUGGACAUAACAGAAGAAAGCUGUCAGGACCUUUUUCCCCCUGGAGCUGUCAUCUACCUCACACCAGAUGCUGAAGAAGCUUUAGAAACAGUGGAUGCUGAUAAAGUGUACGUCCUUGGAGGCCUUGUGGAUGAAAGCAUCCAGAAGAAAUUGAGCUUCUUGAGGGCCAGAGAACUGAGCGUCCACACGGCGAGGCUGCCCAUAGAUGAGUACAUGGUGAAGAAAAACAACACCAAGAACUUCCACUCAAAGAUCCUGGCUGUCAAUCAAGUGUUUGACAUCUUGUUGACUUUCUGCAACACCGGCAGCUGGACAGAAGCCCUGCAGGCAUGGUUCCCCCAGGGGAAGGGUUAUGUUGUUGCACAAGACGAUUCCCCACCACUUCCUGUCUCUGCAACACAAACAUAGGCCCAACCCCAAUCUCCACACUCAUGGACUUUGAGGUAAAUCCAAGAGGGCUUACUGUCAAAUCAGCGAGUGCAUGUGGACUCUCCCUUAAUGUACACUUUCUCACGGUCCACAUCUCUGCAGACUUUGCCUGAGGGAAUAUCCCACAGUUCAUAGCGUUGUGACGUUAAACAUGGGGUUACCAGGGGAAGUCCAGAGGUUUUUUAAAAAAAAAAAAAAAAAAAAGGUCAACAAACAUGGAAGGAGCAUCUACAAGAAAAAAGAAGUUUACAUGUAAGUGUAUGAUGCUGUUGUGAUAAAAACAAGUACAUUUGAAACCUCUCGUCCACUCUGUAAGGCAAGAGCCUGGAAUAUGUUCAAAUCAGGCAGUCGGUCCCUUAAGUGCCUUGGCUGUGAGAAAAGUAAAGAAACGUAAAAUAAAAAGUCCCUUGCAGCCUCUCGUACUCUAACUGUGAGGGUUCAGGGUUUAGGCUUAAGGGUGGAAAUUGGUGGGUUCAGACAUUAAGUUUGAAUUAAAAAUGUUGUCCUUUAAGCUGCUGAUUUUCAUAACUGUUCCCAGUAUUUUUUCUCUUAUUUUAUUGUUAUUUUUUGGAUUGUUGUGAACCAGAGUGAACCCUUUUCUGAAAGCUGAGGCUUACAAGAAAUGUUGUUGCACUCAUAGAGAUUUUUCAGACUGUUGAUUUAGUUGCUUGAACAACACUGUUUUUCAAAGGGUUUUAGUCAAUCUAAUGUUAUGGCCUUAAAGGAGGGAGAAAGGGUUAGGCCCAAAUUUCUCUGGAAAAUCUUUCUCUUCCUUGUUCACUGUUUGAACUGUCUAGUUUCCAGUUAACUGAAAGGGAGAUUUCUUAUCACAGGGCUGGAGUAAUGAGACAGGCGAUUGUUUUUUGGGCUUUUUGCCUAUAUUUGAGACAGGAAAUGCGUGAAAGAGAGGGUGGAAUCAGAAAUACUUUAUUGAUCCCCGAAGGGAAACAUGUUACAGACAUGCUGGAGAGACUUUUUGUGUUUUCAUCAAAGCAAAGAACUUCUUGUUGUUGUCUGUAUCAAGGUUUUAACUUAUUGUUUUAUCACUUUGUACACCACUUUCAAUUGUUUUAUUAGUGGGACUGUGGGCUGCAACCCGUUCUCAUUCCCAGGGCGUCAAAUACCGACGUUUUGUCAACAGUCCUCGGCGUCUCCUACAGUUUCCUUCAGAAACUAGGUAGUAGGAAGUCACAUGACGUAAGUGACACAAGUGACGUGACACGGAAAUCACGUCACUUGUAGUGUAACGCAAACUCAAGGUGCAAACUACAAGGGAGCCAGGUGGAGCUUGGCUCCCCUUAGUAAGAAAUGAGCUCCCCUGAAAACACGAUUUGUGAAAUUUUGAGGGGGGUCUCUAAAUUAUUGACAAUAUGCUGUUUUUGCCAUGCAUUUCUAUUUUUCAUUAUCUUCAUAAACAUGGAUCAUGCGUAAAAUUAGGCUAUGUAUGAUUCAUGCAUGAGGGUGAUUCAUCACUAAUUAACUCUAAUAAAGAGACCGGCAUGCGUGCUAUUUUUGUCAUCACCAUCGAAGUGUGGCGGCGCAAAAUAUCAUAAACUUCACUUACUUUAACUCAAAGAUCAGGGAAAAAAAGCCAUGGUAUAGUUCGCACACUGACGGAACUUUAAAUAACUCAAUGUUACCACCAUCUCAUACUAACGCUAAAGGGCACCUUGUGUAUCUCUACACAACACGGAGGGGUGUGACAAAACGUCGGUAUUUGACGCUCUGGGAGUGAGGUCCUACAAAUAAACUUGAGCUUGAACUUUCUUACAGAACAAAAACAAACAGUUGUAAGUAUUUAAGGAGACUUUUUGGUCCAAAUUUGGAUGUGUUUAAGGGACAAUCAAAAAGGGCGUGAUCCAAAAAUAUAGGCUAAUAUUACAACUUUCAUAAAAACCCCAACAGAUUUUAUUAAAAAUGCUUAGCCUCAGAUAACACUCAUUAUCUGCGGAACACUCUGUCCUCUGACUGUGUUUUGAUUGGCUUUACUUAUGUUUGAGCUUUAAUACAUUUGGAAUAUGGUUUGUCUGAACAAUAACAAUUAAAAUAUUUACAUUUUUUA